AUGACCAGGGGCAUUUCAAUGAGGGAUGAACUCAUUCAUGCAUCCAAUCAGGAAGAACUUACAGACACUGAAGACCACCUUUCAUCAUCAACUUACAAUCCAUUAACUGAUAUCACGACAUUGUUUAGGGAUUCUUCUGAUCUGGCAUCGUUAGAUCAGCUUUUGGCAUAUGUGUGUGGAUACAAACUGGAUAUUGAAAAAGAGAUAUUAAAAAGGGAACAUAAUUAUAAUGACCAGGCUGCGAAUAGAACUGAUUCAGUUUCGGAACUUACUGAAUUGGGGAAAAAACUGGACCAGUUGAUGGAUGAUUUUGAUGAUAUGCAGGUAUUGGCAGAGGAUACAGGAAACACGAUCAACAAGAUGACAGUUAAUAUUAAAAGGCUGGAUAAUUGCAAGAAAAAUUUAACCCUUUCAAUGACAAUAAUGAAACGGUUGCAAAUGCUUCUAACUGCGUAUAGCUCAUUGGAGAAACUACUGAAUUCAAAUGAGGACAAAAGUGGAGAGAAAAACUAUAAUGACAUAAAGCAAAUGCUCGGUGUUGUUUUGGAAUUAAUGCAACACUUCCAAAGUUAUAAAAGCAUAGACGAAAUUAAUACAUUGGAUAAGAAGAUAAUGUCCACAAAAAAUACGGUUAUUGACGACAUAUUUAGCGACUUUGAAGCAGAAAUAAAGGGCAAAACAAACAGUACUCUUGCUGAUGCCUGUGAAAUUCUAUCGAUGUUUGGGGAAGCAUAUGAGACAAGACUUCAGUCUUGGUAUGUUAAUGCUUUGCUUAAAGAUCUUACAACAAUUUUCAAAAGCAGUGAAGAAGCCGGAUCACUUGACAACAUUAAACGGAGAUACAUUUUUUUCCAAAGAAUUCUUAACGAUUUUGAGAUGCAUCAUAGCAAGAUAUUUCCGAAGAGCUGGAAAAUGCCUAUCUUACUUGCCAAGAAGUUUUGUACCAUCACAAAAGAAGAUUUAAGCGAGGUCAUGCGUAACACUCCAGAACUCAAUGGAUCAUCAGCAGGGGCAAAGCUGAUUAUAUCAGCAUUAACUGAAACUUUACAGUUUGAAAAUUACUUGAAUGAGAAAUUUCAGAUGUUUUCAGAUAUUAAUGAUAAAUCGGUGUAUAAAUUUGAUAAACUGAUUUCAAACGUUUUUGAACCUUUCCUCAAUAUUUGGAUUGAUCAUCAAGGCACUCUAAUUGAGAAAAAAUUCCUGGAGUAUCUCAAUCCGGCCACAAUGUAUCGGAAAUCAGGUGUCGCCGAUUCCAUUCCUCAAGAUUCCCUUACGACUAAUAAAAUGGGCCAAGAGCAAGCUCGUACUGACGGUGACCAAAAUUCAAUUGUUCUUGAGAAUGAAGAGAUAAACGUACUUGAGUCAUCUGCAGACUUAUUUCGCACAUUUAGACAAGUUCUCUCACAACUUAUUAAACUUACAAGAGGGCGUCCUCUAAUAAAGCUCUCACAAUUGUUUUCAAAAGAUUUGAUGGAUUAUAACAAACGUAUUCUUGAGCCGAUGCUUCCUACUAGGGAUGAUAUAAUAUCUGCCUAUUCCAAAAAUCAAAAAGAGGCUAUUGAAAUUAUUUGCUUAGUUCUCAACACAGCUGACUAUUGCUCUGUAACGGUAAGCCAGCUUGAAGAGAGGCUGGUUUCUUUAAUUACUCCAGAUACUCUUCAGAAAGCGAUUGAUUUUUCACACACUAAAGAUUCCUAUUUGAAACUCAUCUCAGACUGUAUCAAUCUAAUUCUUGCCAAGUUUGAUAAUGACCUACAAUAUUCUUGGAGGGAAAUGACUAAUAAUAAUUGGAGGCUACAAAAUGAUGUCGACGGUGAGUCAAGAUAUGUCUCAACUAUAAAGAAGACAUUGAACGAUGAUUGUGGCCUGAUAUUCACUUCACUAAGCAAGCCUGCAUUUAUUAGACACUUGAUUGAUAAAUUAGUUCAAAUGAUCGUAAACUCAUUUAUAUUCAAUUUUACAAAGUUAAAGCCGAUAUCCGAGGUUAUGGCUGAACAAUUUACAUUGGAUCUUCAAACGUUAAAAUCAUACUUUAUGGAUCUUCCUACAAAGGGGCCAAACGGAUCUAAAAUAAAGAGUUCCAGGUCCUUCAUGAAUUCGUUAAAUAAUUCACUACAACCAAUUAUAUCACUAAUGAAGGUGCUGAUGACACCAAGCAAACCAAUAGAUAGUUAUCUUGUGAGCUAUUUUAGUAAUAUCAAAGACUCAAACUUCACCAAUUUUGUUAAAACAAUCAAAUUAAAAGGUUUGCUUGGGAAUGAAUUGACGUCCGAAAAGGAAAGAUUCAAAUAUCAAGAUGCGUUUAAGGCACAACUAAGAGUUUAUCAAGACCAAACUGAUGAGCAGCUUUCAGAAUCAAAUAAAUUUUUGGAAAAAUUGAAUCUGGACCCCAAAAGCAACAAGGUUACCAACUUUGGUUUCAAGACGGAGACAGAAGAUAGUAAUGAAAUAUCGAGAUCUUCUUCGGCGAGUAAUAUUACAAACUUUUUUGGGGGAGGUAAUCCAUCCCGUCGCUCUUUAUUUAACGGUGGAGAUAUUGAAAAGAAUUUCGUUAAAACAUUAACGGAUAACAGAAUUAAUAUCAAUGAAAACAUUAGGAAUUUUGGCAAGCUCUUUAAGAAAGGAGGGAACUGA